UCACACGCUCACACGGUGUGGCCGCUGGUGCCGCUAAGUUGCAGUUUGCUGUAAUCACUUACUUCGACUAAAGUUCAUCACUUGAAAAUAUAGUUAUUAAUUACAGCUGUUUGCAGAUUGAACAAUUAGCGACACAUUUUCUGAACCAGGAAAAGAUGAGGAGAUAUUUCAUAAAAUUUUCCUAUCUAGGCACGAACUACAGCGUGUUAAUUCUGAGUCGACAAGUCGUGUUUCUAAAAUUUGUUUUUCGUGUAUGUUUAGAGGCUUGCAAAAGAAUGCAAUUCCGACUCAAAAUGUUCUAAUGCUUGACACAGAUACAAUUCAAGGAGCUAUCGAAGCUGCGUUUUCAACCUUGAUUCCUAAAUGUAUAAAAUGGCCAAAAUUUAGCUCUUCUAGCAGGACAGAUUGCGGUGUGCAUGGCUUAUCUAAUGCAGCUCAUAUUGACAUAGAAAAUAUCGAUGAUUGUUUUUAUGAACCCACUUACGCUCUCAGUAGUGUAAACCGAUUUUUUAAUCAGAGCAAUCAUAAUAUUAGGAUACUAGAAUUCGUUCCUGUGACAAAUGACUUUAAUUCAAGGCGACUUGCAAAAUCCAGGAAAUAUAUUUACAGAAUUUUAAGGGCUAAGGAUUUAAACGAUCAUAGAAUUCCUGUAUCAGAAGUGCAGUAUUGUAAUCAUAUCAGGCCAACAGUUUUUGAUACUGAGAGAAUAAAACGUGCGACACAAAUGUUUAUGGGAACAAAAGAUUUUAGAACGUUUAGUUCCAAAAGUAUUUCAAUUAAACCAAUUAAAUAUGUAAGGGAAUUAGACACGUUAACUCUAGAAGAAGGUCACCCAUUCAUGCCAUAUGAUCCCUUGUGUAAAAACUUUGAAUAUUGGAAUAUAGUAUGUUCAGCACAGGGUUUUCUAUAUAAACAGGUCAGACGAAUAGUAAGUUCUUUAAUUGCCUUAGGCUCGGGCGUAAUAACAGAACGAGAUAUAUAUAUAAUGUUACAUGUUCCUGGCCAUCAUAAUUGGCUUCCUUAUUUACGUCUAGCUCCUGCGCAAGGUUUAUUUUUAGCAGAUGUCAAAUAUUGUCAAGAAGAGAUAGAAGAAUAUAUUAUAAAAUACAAACUGUACGGCGAACAUACGGUCAUACCACUAGAUACGAAUUUAGUGUAACGCGUAUUUAGUAUUUGUUUU